GGGUUACUAUUUUAAUCAUGCAACUUGCCCGCCACUUUCCUCACAGAUUUUGGACCAUCCUUUUAUUGUUCAUCUGUAUCUUAUCUCUAUCGAUCUGUCUAUAUAUAUAAUUUGUCUUUGAGGUAGACAAAAAAAAACUGGAAGUACUGUCUAACAAAAGCAAAAUAUAGAGCUUUGGUACAUGCACAAGAGAGAAACAUAUAUCAUUUACAAAUAGGUUCUCGAUCUCUUUUCUAAGAGUAGAAAAGAAAAUCCCAAAUCUGAAUUUUGAGUAUUUUAUUUUAUCCUAUUUUUGUAGAAAUUCACUUGUUUUGGCUCUUAAAUCUUGAAGAAAAAUUGUGGAUUUUAUGUUGUAAGUCGGAUUUGUGUCCGCGAUGGAUGGUGGUGACAUUUAUAAAGCAAGCAAUAGCUUGAGAGGAAGCUUGAGCUUCAGAGGAAGCUUGAGAGCAAGCUUGAGAGCAAGCAGUUCGUCAGUAUGGAGGAACAGUACUGUGGAAGUUUUCUCGCGAUCUACGCGGGAAGAAGAUGAUGAAGAAGCUCUGAAAUGGGCUGCCAUUGAGAAACUUCCCACUUACAAUCGGUUGAAGAAAGGGCUGCUAUUUGGUUCACAGGGUGCAGCCAAUGAAGUGGAUGUUAACGAUCUCGGACUUAAUGAAAGGAAGCAUUUGUUGGAGAGGUUGAUCAAAAUUGCAGAUGAAGAUAAUGAGAAGUUCUUGUUCAAGCUCAAGAAUCGAAUUGAUAGAGUUGGACUUGAUUUGCCCACAAUUGAAGUCAGAUUUGAGAAUCUAAAAGUUGAUGCAGAAGCUUAUGCAGGAAGCAGAGCUUUGCCCUCUUUCGUUAACUUCAUUGCUAAUAUACUGGAGGUAAUAAUAGGCAAUAUGCAUGGAUCACUGGCUUUUAUUCUACUGAUUAUUGUUUUCAAUUCUGUAUUUGCCAAGUGGUUCUUUAUUCUAAUUUUGUUGUAUGCCCAAAAGGGGUUUGUGAACUAUCUCCAUAUACUUCCAAGUAGAAAGAGGACUCUAUCUAUCCUUCAUGAUGUUAGUGGAAUCAUCAAGCCGUGCAGAAUGACAUUACUCUUAGGUCCUCCAAGUUCCGGAAAGACCACACUAUUGUUAUCUUUAGCUGGAAAACUCGAUCCUGAACUAAAGUUUUCUGGAAGGGUGACUUACAAUGGGCAUGGCAUGCAUGAGUUUGUACCCCAGAGAACUGCUGCCUAUAUCAGUCAAAAUGAUCUCCAUAUAGGAGAAAUGACUGUGAGAGAAACCUUGGCAUUCUCUGCUAGAUGCCAGGGGGUUGGAGACCGAUAUGACAUGCUAGCAGAGUUAUCAAGAAGAGAGAAAGCAGCAAAUAUCAAGCCUGAUCCUGAUAUUGAUAUCUACAUGAAGGCAGCAGCAACAGAAGGCCAGGAAGCAAGUGUGGUCACAGAUUAUACUCUAAAGGUUUUGGGACUUGAAGUCUGUGCGGAUACCCUAGUUGGAGAUGAAAUGUUAAGGGGUAUCUCUGGAGGACAGAGGAAGCGUGUUACAACUGGUGAGAUGCUGGUUGGACCAGCAAAGGCACUUUUCAUGGAUGAGAUUUCUACGGGUUUGGACAGUUCGACAACUUUCCAAAUUGUGAAGUCACUCAGGCAAUAUGUUCACAUUCUCAAAGGAACUGCUGUCAUCUCUCUCCUGCAGCCAGCACCUGAGACUUACGAUCUGUUUGAUGACAUUAUUCUCCUAUCAGCUGGCCACAUUGUCUAUCAAGGUCCCCGUGAGGAAGUGCUCGAGUUUUUUGAAUCCAUGGGUUUCAAAUGCCCCGAGAGGAAAGGCGUGGCUGACUUCUUGCAAGAAGUGACAUCAAAGAAAGAUCAGCAGCAGUACUGGGCACGCAAAGAUGAACCUUACAGUUUUGUAACAGACCGCGAAUUUGCUGAGGCAUUCCAGUCAUUCCAUGUUGGACGGAAAGUAGGAGAUGAGCUUGCAACCCCAUUUGACCAGACCAAAAGCCACCCAGCUUCUUUGACAACUAGUAAGUAUGGUGUUAGCAAGAAAGAGCUCCUGAAAGCGUGCAGCUCAAGAGAAUACCUGCUGAUGAAGAGAAACUCAUUUGUCUAUAUAUUCAAGGUCACACAACUUUCUAUGAUGGCAUUUAUUUCAAUGACAGUCUUCUUUCGAACUGAGAUGCACAAGGAUACUGUAACUGAUGGAGGGAUAUACUUUGGUGCUUUGUUUUUUGCUUUGGUUAUGGUCAUGUUUAAUGGAAUGUCGGAGAUUGCCAUGACUAUUGCGAAGCUUCCUGUCUUCUACAAGCAGAGGGGCCUUCUCUUUUUUCCCCCAUGGGCAUAUGCUCUUCCCACAUGGAUACUCAAGAUCCCCAUUACAUUCAUAGAGGUUGCUGUUUGGGUGUUUAUGACUUACUAUGUCAUCGGUUUUGAUCCAAAUGUCGGCAGAUUGUUUAAACAGUAUCUGCUCCUCUUAGUUAUCAGUCAGACUGCUUCUGGAUUGUUCCGAUUUAUUGGAGCAUUGGGCCGGAACAUGAUUGUUGCAAAUACAUUUGGAACAUUUGCAUUGCUCAUACUUUUUACAUUGGGUGGCUUUAUGAUAUCAAGAGAUGAUGUGAAGAGUUGGUGGAUAUGGGGUUAUUGGAUGUCACCAUUGAUGUAUGGGCAGAAUGCAAUUUUAGUAAAUGAGUUCCUUGGCAAUAGUUGGAAAAAGGUUCUCCUGAAUGCAACAGAGCCACUAGGAGUCACGGUUAUGAAGUCUCGAGGGUUCUUUCCUGAUGCAUACUGGUACUGGCUGGGACUCGGGGCAUUGUUUGGAUUUGUCUUGGUAUUCAACUUCUGUUACAGUCUGGCUCUCACUUAUCUAAACCCUUUCGAUAAGGCUAAAGCUGUUAUACCAGACGAAGAACCAAGCAAUGCCGAAGGUGAUCAAAGUAGAAGAGCCAUUCAGUUAUCAUCCCGUGGAAACAGCUCUCUUGGACGAACUGCACCUGAAGAGAGAGAUCAAAUUAGGAGGAGAAGUAUCUCAUCUGGCUCCUCAUCCCAGAAGACCGAUGCCAUUGUCAAUGCCAAUCAGAACAGAAAAAGAGGAAUGAUUCUUCCGUUCGAACAACAUUCCCUCACCUUUGAUGACAUUAAAUACUCUGUUGACAUGCCACAGGAAAUGAAAAAUGAGGGUGCUGAAGAUAGAUUGGUGCUUCUGAACAGUGUUAGUGGAGCUUUCAGGCCUGGGGUUCUCACAGCACUAAUGGGUGUUAGUGGUGCCGGUAAAACAACUUUGAUGGAUGUGCUGGCUGGCAGGAAAACUGGUGGAUACAUUGAGGGUGACAUUACAGUUUCUGGGUAUCCAAAAAGACAAGACACAUUUGCUCGGAUUUCUGGAUACUGCGAGCAAAACGAUAUCCACUCUCCUCAUGUUACUGUCCACGAGUCACUGCUUUACUCAGCUUGGCUGAGGUUAUCUUCUAAUGUCAAUUCUGAAACAAGAAAGAUGUUCGUUGAGGAGGUCAUGGAACUUGUGGAACUGGCCCCAAUAAGGGGAGCACUAGUUGGUUUGCCAGGUGUGAGUGGUCUCUCAACCGAGCAGCGCAAGAGACUAACCAUUGCAGUUGAGCUGGUGGCAAACCCCUCCAUAAUAUUUAUGGAUGAGCCAACUUCAGGGCUGGAUGCAAGAGCUGCUGCUAUUGUGAUGAGAACAGUCAGGAACACUGUAGACACGGGAAGAACAGUUGUAUGCACCAUCCAUCAGCCAAGCAUUGACAUAUUUGAAGCCUUUGAUGAGCUUUUCCUAAUGAAGCGAGGAGGUCAAGAGAUAUAUGUGGGGCCAUUGGGUCACCAUUCUUGUCAUCUAAUCAAGUACUUCGAGGGAACUGAGGGAGUAAGUAAAAUUAAAGAUGGUUAUAAUCCAGCAACUUGGAUGUUGGAAGUUACUGCUUCAGCACAGGAAACAGCUCUGGGGAUGGAUUUCACGGAUGUCUACAAAAAUUCAGAAUUGUAUAGGAGGAACAAAGCCCUAAUCAAAGAAUUAAGCACACCUCGUCCUGGUUCAGAGGAUCUUUAUUUCCACACUCAAUAUUCACAACCUUUCUUCAUCCAAUGUAUGGCUUGCCUGUGGAAACAACAUUGGUCAUACUGGCGCAACCCACCAUAUACUGCAGUGAGAUUGCUCUUCACAACCGGCAUUGCAUUGAUGUUUGGGACCAUUUUCUGGGACCUUGGAUCCAAAAAGUCAAGGACUCAAGAUCUGAGUAAUGCUAUGGGCUCUAUGUAUGCUGCCGUUGUCUUCCUAGGGAUCCAAAAUGCCUCAUCGGUGCAGCCAGUGGUGGCUGUUGAAAGAACAGUCUUUUACAGAGAGAGAGCUGCUGGAAUGUACUCAGCAUUACCAUAUGCCUUUGCUCAGGUUCUUAUUGAGCUUCCUUAUAUAUUUGUACAAGCUAUGGUAUAUGGUGUUAUAGUUUAUGCAAUGAUUGGAUUUGAAUGGACAGUUGCCAAAUUCUUUUGGUACUUAUUCUUCAUGUACUUCACACUAUUGUACUUCACCUUCUAUGGCAUGAUGACUGUGGCUGUGACUCCAAACCAACAUGUCGCUUCCAUCAUUGCUGCUGCAUUUUAUGGACUGUGGAACCUCUUUUCAGGAUUUAUAAUCCCACGACCUAGGAUUCCUGUAUGGUGGAGAUGGUACUAUUGGGCAUGUCCCGUUGCUUGGACCUUGUAUGGAUUGGUUACGUCGCAGUUUGGAGAUAUGAAGGAUGUGAUUGACACAACCACUGGUGAAACAGUGAAACAGUACUUGGAUAGAUACUACGGAUUCGAACAUGACUUCUUAGGUGCAGUAGCAGGCGUGGUCGUUGGUCUUGCAGUUCUUUUUGCUUUCAUCUUUGCUUUAGCCAUUAAGGCGUUCAAUUUCCAACGACGAUAGAGAAUUACUCCAAAUCACCCACUUCGUGUCAGCCAUUUGAGUACAGAAUGCAUCAGACAUGAUCAUCUUGAGGAAGUGGUUCCAAGUUUUGUGUAUUGGAGGAUGUUUGAGAAUAUUUUAAUCACUUUAAAUUUUUAAUCAUUAUAUUCAUGUUGUCAGUUUCGUUGAAUUCUUUAUAA